ACCCGAAUUCAGCCAUUUUAUAGAAGGGUUUACACGUCUAAAGAAAGCGUAGUCCAUUCCAACGUAACUUUUUAUUGCGUUGGAAAAUUUAACGGUAAUAUUAAUUGUAUUGACAGUGUUGCCAUCAUCAUUUAUAAAGUUAAAAGCUUAAAUGACAUUUACCGACAUUUCUAACAGUUCGGCACUAGGAAAAUAUUUUAAACCGUAUUGCCGUCUGUUAUAUAAUAAAUUGUUGUAUUAUUAUUGAGAUUUCGUUGACUCGUUUACGCUUUAUUGAGCAUUGACUGGAUUUGAUUGUUAAUUAUGAAGCAUAGUAAGAGCAAAGAGUAGUUUAAGAUUAUGUCUAUUAUUUCCGACAUGAAUUACACAUUAAGUUAAAGACCUCAUUUACAUUCAUUGUUAUGAUUCAUUCAUGUCUCAUAAUUUCAGCCUAAUUAAUUCAUUUUCAUUCAUCUCACCCAUGCCCAUACUAAUACAAGGCAACAUAUUAUUAUUAGGAACUCGCCUGUAUUAGAAGCUAAUUGUUUCAUGAACCCAAUGCAUUUCACAAGGUUCUAUGUCUACAUGUCCAUUUACUAUACUAUAAUUAUAUUAUUAAUUAUUCAAUUCAAUAUUUUUGCUGUGGCGGAUGUGGUGAUUGAACUUGAAACUCUUAUUUUCUAUAGGCAUAGGCAGUAAAUUUGCAGUUGAGCUAUUGUAGGUUAAAAGAAAUAAUGCCAACCUAUGUCCUUCAUUCUCAACAUUGAUCUUUUUUUCUUGUUUUGGUUUUAUGUCAAAACACAGAUCUCAGUGGCCUUACAGAUUUGUUUAGAUUAGAGGUCUUAAUUAAAGGAAAAUGGAAGUAUUAUUUAAACUUUUAGACAUCAAUUAAAAAUAUAUUUACAAUCAUUGUUUCAUUUUUAAUUCUGUUUAAGUUGCUGACCCCACAGCAAAACCAUCCACGACUCCCUUUUGCGAUUCAUGAGUUGGGAACUCGUGUUCAAUAGGCAUGACAUGACUACUAUGAAAAAGUUCCAUGCUAUGUUUACUAAAUGUUGAUUUUGUAACUUGCACAAAAUAAUUAUAUCUUUUUUCUUUAAAACAUUCUUUAUAAAUAAUUUUUGAAUUUUUAUUUGUCAGAUUACAGCAGUUUCAUACCAGAGUUUAAAAUGUUUCUUUGGGAUUAUUUUUCAUCCAUUCUUAAUUUUUUAGGUAAGUAUUUUCCUAUUUAUAUUUGGAUCUUAUCUUGGCCUAUAUUGUCUAUUUCCUUACCAGGCUUAACUUAAAGGCUCAAAAUGGUAUUUAAAAUGGAUGUUCAAGUUCCUAAGUCAAUGAAUGGGUGGCAAAGUUCCAGUCAUGAAACAUCAUGAGUGGAUAAAGUUUCUUCCUUUCAGACUUUCAGUCUUCAUAUGUGUAGAACCAGGUUUUUAAAAAUUCUACUUAAAGCUGUAGCUGUUGUUGAUUCUAUUUUAAACCAUCUUAAAGGACCUGUAGGACCAAGUCAUUACCAUACAUGAUUACUUAAGACUUAAUUUUUAAUAUUGGUUGUUAAAUGAUUAUCAUAUUUCCAAUUAGGCACCUAUUAUAAAAUCAUUUAUCAAUUGUUUUUUGUUGAAAAAACAUAUUGAAUAUAAAUAGUUGUAUAAUUUUUGUUGGGACUAUUACUACAAAAAAAAACAACACAAAAUAAAAAACAAAUUUUAAAAAAAAUCAUUUAAUGAAUACAAUUUUUAAAUAUGGUAAGGUGCCUGAUACUCAACUUUAUGGGCACUAUCGUAUAGUGUAGAUGUACUUUAAAUAAUUUUUAUUUAAUGGCAGCUGUCCAUGAAUCAUAAUCAAAUACAAUGUUGGUAACACUGUUUUGCUUGUAUAUUAAUAAUUUAUUGUAAACAAUUAUUUUAUGGUUUCUAAACUGGAUUUGUUGGCCUUAAAAUACAGCUUGCUGUGUGAAAUUAGUAACUGUGACAAACCAGGUGUAAUUGAUAUCAUAAUGCAUUGGGUAACAGUGUUGUUUUGUCAUAGUAAUUGUCAUAAAAAACAGAUGAUUUUGAAUUCGAACAUUAGGAAUGAGUAACUAAAUAUCUAGAAUAUGUUUAAAAUCAGAUAACUUAAUCUCAUAUUGGGUUUGUUAAAAAAAAUUAGUAUUUUAAUUUGUAACAUCCCUAUUUUAAAUAAUGCAAAGUAAGGUAAAUAUUAUGUAUAAUAAUAAUAUGUAUUAGUUAGUGAAAUUUUAAUAUGUUUUAUGCCUCAAUGUUAUUGAUGGUAAAAUGUCUGAUAAAGGUUUUGGGCGCAAGGCCGGAAAGCUUAUCCUGCUGGGACUGGAUAAUGCAGGGAAAACUACUUUGUUAGGUGUUCUUAAGGAAGGGCACAUUAUUCAGCCUGUACCUACCCUUCAUCCGAGUAAGUCUUGUGGGACUGCUCUCUGCAUGUAGAAGAUGAAUUAUCAUGAAUAGAAUGUCCACAACACAUGCAAGGAUGUCCAUUUUGUUUGCUGUGCUUUUAACUCUAAUGUUUUAGGAAACAGUAGGCCUACAUGUUAAAGUUAUGGCUUUUCCAGCAUUCCUCAACUCAAACCACUUUGUGUCCAUUGCUUUUUUUGCUCAGCCUGAGAAUCAGUUGAUAAAACAAUCUAAAUGCAUGCCUGUCUUUUCAGUAGAGUUUUUGUUUUCUCCCUGCUUAGGUUUAUGGAAGAAAUCGGGUAAAUUAGUUUUCCUGGGGCUUGACAAUGCUGGAAAAACAACACUUCUUCACAGAUUGAAAGAUGACAGAAUGGCACAGCAUGUUCCAACCCUUCACCCAAGUAAGUUAUUAACCCACAGCUGUUUUAAUUUCUAUAAUAUGUAAGUUAAACCAGUGGUUCCCAACCUGUGCUUUAGAGAGGCUUAGCUGCUGACACCCCCUUCCCACACACAACACACAUACCACCACCCCCACCCCUCCCUCCCCCAAAUUAAGGCAAGUCAUAAAGAGCCCCCAUAGAAAUUGAUUCUGAAAAUGUCUUUGUGAGUCAAAAACGCUGGGAUGCACUGAAUUAAGCGAUUCAAUUAUAUUUUUUUAGCAUGUUCGAAGAUGAAUAAAAGCAUUUUAGAAUUUGUUCCUUUCAGUGCUAUCUUAUUUAGAUGUUUUGAGCUGUUUAGAUGAAAUAAUAAUUUGAAAAUAUCUGGGAAAUGACAUAAGAUAUUUUGCAUUAUUCAUUUUUAACUGCUUUUGACUGAUUUGAUUUUGUUUCUUAACAUUUUGAGUAUUUGCUUGCAAAUGUUUGAAAAUAGCAAUGGGAUUUAUUUAACAAAGCAUGUCUUUUAACAAAUGUGACAUUCCUUAGCAUUCAUGUUUUUGGUUUCCAGAGUAAAUAAUUUUAUUAAACUAUGUUAUGUUUAAUACUGUUUGCAGUUUAAAUGUUCAAAAGUUAAAUAGCUUAAUUAAUGAUUUUAAAAAUUUCAGCCUAUUUGAUUUAUAAGUAUUGUUAUUUAAUUCAAAAUUAUAUAAUUAUAUUAAUCAGUGUUGAUAUCACUACUGGCUAAAUUGUUUUAAAUGAAUCUACUUCUAAUAAUUUUACAGCAUCUGAAGAGUUAUCCAUGGGUGGAAUGAAAUUUACUACUUUCGAUCUUGGUGGCCACAGACAAGGUUAGGGAAAUUUAAUUGAAAGAAUUUCAAAUUGUAUGUUUGCUCAGUUCUCCGAUUUUCUUUUUGUCUAGAUAUAUAUUUAUUUUUUUUAAUUUAUAGUUUUCAUUCAACUUCCAAUUUAUCUUUCUUCUUUUUCUCUAGCCAGGAGAGUUUGGAAAGACUAUUUCCCUGCAGUGGAUGGUAUUGUAUUUCUCAUUGAUUGCCAAGAUAGGGGUAGAUUUGUAGAAGCCAAGGCAGAAUUAGAUGUAAGUUUAUAUUAGUGCACAAUAACAUUUGACUUUAUAAAUGUAUUGUUUGUAAAGUCUUAAUAAAACUUGAUUUUAAAAUAUUUUAAUUACUACCAUUUUAAAACCUAAACAUGAAACACAGACAGGCAGAAUAAUACCUUAAUAUUGUAACAUUAUAUUCAAGGUAGUAAAAUUGUUGUGAACAAGACACAUGAUUAUAAACAAUAUCACAAAUAUUUCCUAAUUAAAAAGCCAAAGAGUGCUUAGCCAGGAGAUUCUUUAAAUAGUCUGACAAUCAACUUUUGUUUGUUUUACAUAUACUCUUACCUUACAGAUUUUUACCUCUUUUACAGAAUUAAGUAGUAUGUGCCUUAGAUUAGAAAUGUAUAGUUAAAAAGUAUUUAAAUUGUAAAUAUUUGUUUUACAGAGUUUAUUGACAGAUGAACAAGUAGCUAAUGCUCCAAUUUUGAUACUUGGAAAUAAGAUUGAUAUACCUGGUGCUGCUAGUGAGGAUGAAAUUAGGCAUUGGUUUGGACUUCAGAAUUUGACUACUGGAAAGGUAGGUAUGGCUUAGAGACUAAGUAAGGCACCCAAUUUUUUAAAUUUUAAAUUGCAGAAUGUCUAGUCCUUUUUGAAUUGAUGAACUUUUGGAUAAUUUUCAGAGUACACUAUUGUCAUAAAUUUAAAAUAUUUGAAUGUCUUAACCCAAUAACUGCCAGAUCCGUUGGUACUUAAUUAGCACCGUAACCGCCAAAUCCAUCCACUUGACACAUUGUUGACAUACUGCUGUAUAGAAAGCGGAAAUAACACCAUUUAAAUGAAAGUCUCACAAGAUAAAAGAUGAAUGGAGAUUUCUUCCAUUUUUUGGUAAUUUUAUCUAAUUGAGGAGUAUUCAUUAUUUUAAUAGCAGAUUAUUAUUUUAUUGUUAUUAUCAUGGGUAGUCCAGUGCUUUGUCGUAGUUUGAUAUUUACAAAUUAAAUUUUUACAAAUUAUUUCUUAAUCUAUCUACGGUAACUGGAGUUGCUCCCCUUUGGCCUGGAUUUUUAAUUGAGUGCCCAGAAUUAUUGAAUGGGUUAAAAAAAAUUCUUGCCAAAAUGUGUUAGUUUCCUUUGAUUGUUAUGGCCAAAUUAGGUUUUAACCCAAGAACUGUGGUCGGCUGAAAAAAUCGGCAGACAUUCUCGUUCUGUACUAUGGCGGCCGAUAAAAAGCACUGCCUGAUAGCCCAAUCCAGUAUUUAACCAGAAUUAUAGCCACUUCCUUUUAUUAAUAAUUAAAUCAUCUUCCGGUUCAAGCUGUUUCUUGAUAACUUAAAAAUAAGUAAUUUUUAAUCAGAGUUUUAUAUCACUGUUUUUUCUAAAGCUAAAAUGGAUGACGCUAUUGCUGGGCCUGCAGUGCAAGAACUAAUAGAAAUAUGUUUGAAAGCUUUUUAGGAGAGGUUUUAAGUGAUACUGAUGAUGAUUUUAACAAUCCCCAUGACGAUAUCAGUUGAGAUUAUUCUUAUCGUGAAUUUUAUACUAGUCUUAGUGAUACUGAAGUAGGCCUACCGAGGCUAAUGUUAGACUUGGAGCAAGGCCCGGAGGUUGGGCAAGGACUGACUGAAUUUUAUCAGAGAAUCUACAGAUUAUAGUUCAGAACUAAUAAAUUUUACAGUUAAACAACCCAAAUCAGUUCCACAGUUCCUUUUUAAAUGUCUACUUGUCAAUAAUAACUAUUUUGCCUGAGAUGAUGUAUUUUGUACUUGGUUUUAGCAGUGGUCCCCAGUUUCUUAUAUAAAUGACCUAAAAUUGCUUUCAGGUGUUUAAUUGCAAUCAAAACCUUAGCAAACUAUACAUUUUGUGAAAGAUAAAUAAAUUGGUUACAACAUUUAGGCUUGUGUUUUAAGUAUCUAUAAAAAUUAAUGACGUUAUGAGCACUUGAAAUCAAGACAUUUUGUCGAUUUUUUUUUUCUUGAGAACUCCAAGGUCAAGGAGACUGAGCAAAAUUAUUUUUUUACGGGAUGGGCAAUAUGGCUAACUUUAUCCCCAUCCAUUUGCCUUUCUAAAAAUAUAUACUUAUUUGGGGUCUUGUAUCAAUAUUUCUAUGUCAUUUAAUGCAAUUUCAAAUGGCACUCAAAACGCUCUGAAAAGCUCCACACCACAGAAUAAUGCAUGACACAGUUUGUGGGUUAUAUAUACCAUAAGUCAUAAGUCUCUAUGUUGGCAGGCAGAAGGAAUGCCAACAUGAAAAUCUGAAAUAUAUUUAAAUACCAGUAACUCAAUGAUUUUUUUUUAUGGGAAAUCAAAAGAUUGACAUGAAACAUUGUGACAACAAAUCACCAGUUGAUAUUUCUCUUUCAUCUUAUUAGGGGACAGUAUCGAGAAGUGAGUUGCCAGGCCGUCCAAUGGAGCUGUUCAUGUGCAGUGUACUCAAACGACAGGGAUAUGGUGAAGGGUUCCGCUGGCUUGCACAGUACAUCAAUUGAUGAAUGCUGGAGUGUGUUGGACUGACAGCAAAAGAAUGACAGUGAUAGAAGAGGGAAAUGAUGCAUGCAUGAAUGGGACAAAUGUCUGAAUCCUUGUGGAUUAGAAAGGGUGGUGACUGUGUGUACAUACACAGAUUGCUUGUAUAGAUGUUGUGCCUGUGAUUCCCUAACUUGGUUUUAAAAUUUCUUUGCUGAAUGGGGGAAUGGCAAAGAAAUAGUAGAUGCUGCCAAGGGCAGAUAACUAUUAAUUAAUCAGUAGUGCUACCGCUCCUCAUACUCCCCACUCCCCUUUCCUCGCCCAAGUAAACUUUAUGAUCAACUUCUAUUUUUAGAAGUUUGUGUGUGUGUAAAUUUUAAUUCAUUCUCAUUUUAGAGAUAUUUUUGUUUUUGACACUUUGUUAUUGGUAAACCUCUACUGGUGAAGUUCAACAAACAUUAUUAGUUGCUUACUCCCACCAAACUAAGCUAGUUAUUGCCCUUGACAGUAUGUCCCUAUCUGUGGACCUCUACAUCUGUUUGUUUUGUUUAUUUCUUUGGUAAAGCUGGGUUUAUUUCCACCCACUUGACCCUUCUAGAUUUAGUCAAUUUUUAUCCUUUUAUGUGGAUGCAUCCUGGGAAAGCAGCGAGUGAUAAAAUGUCUUUGUCAAACAACAUUACAAUUGUGAUGGUUUAAUGAGAGCUUGGCAUUAAUCUUUUUAAAAUUCUUGACUUAUUUUUAAAAAAUUCAUUCUUACAAUGAUUUGCAAAUGGAAAAGAAAAUCACCACAGUGUGAGUAGAAGUGAGUUAUAUCCCUGGAAGUGUCCACAUACCAUUUCUGUUCAUAAAACAGCUAAAAGGAGCACAGUAUACAAUCAUUUUUUUAUAUGGAUUGUUUUCCUGCAAAUGUUUUGGAAAGGUGAAGUGUUUGUAACAGCCUAAGAAACUCUUUCUUCUUUUUUUUGUUUUUCAUUUUUUUAAAAGAAAAGAUGGUAGGUAAAUCAGAUGUACAUAUGUUAUAUAAACAUGUCCUACCCUUUCCCACAAACCAUUCAGAGCUCACAAUUUAAGUUUCAUGUUGAAUAUACCUGCAUGGUCUCAUCUAAAAACAAUUAAGCCAUAGAGUUGGAAUUCUGUAUAGGUCAUUGGUUUAGAGCGGAAGAUGCCUUGAUCGGUUUGGACGUCACAGCUACAAAUACAGGCUGCUUCGUGUGGCGUGCUUAUGACUUUUUAGCUGAAGGAUUUAUCCAGUCACUUUAUAGCAAAAAGCUUUUGACCAUUUUAAAGUAUAUAAAAAGAGACAUAUUUUGUAUGUUUUUAUUUUUUUUCUCUCUUUGUAGCAUCAACCAGAUAAUCAGCAUUACUGCUAGAUUAGCCCAGUUUUCAGUUUUAUAUCUGAACUUUGUUCCAGUGGUAGUUUUAAAAUAUCCUUGGAUGGUAUUUAUUCCUAAACAUAGCGCAUUGAAACUAAACUGUGCUAGUAGUUGAGAUAUUAAAUUAAUUUAUUUGUGUGGUUGUUUCUACCACAUACCAACACUUGAAUAGUUAAAGAAAAUGUUAAAAUUGGUGAUAAUGUAUUAAAAUAAUUUUUAAACCAAAUAAAAGGUGUAAAGUUUUGUUUUUUUCUGAAUUUUUGUUCUCAUUUACACUAGAUUGUGGAAAUUUGAUUCGCUUUAACAAUAAUUAACUUAUGAUGAAGCUCUGUAGUGAUAUCAAAAAAUUGUUUUCAUUUCAAAAUUAGCACCGGCUACAAAUUUGGACAGAAUUGUUUUAGCUAAAUGUUUACCAUAAUAUUGUGGUUGCAUUAGCAUAAAGAAUUUUUAGAUUCUUAAUACCGGUAUUAUUAGAUUCUUAAUACCGGUAUUAAAAAUUAUGGUAAACAUUUAGCAAAAGCAUUGACUUUAACAACUUUAUUGCCUUAUUUUAUUAUUAGGCAUUCUCAUUAAGUGUUUGGUUUGCCUUGGACACACAAAAGUUACUACCAUGGUUAUACAUCUUGUGUAAUAGUAAUACUACUAUACUACUACUAUUAUAUUAUAUAGUUGUGAAUUUGAAUUAAUGAAAAAUCACUUAUACUAAAAUAUGAAUUUACAAAAACAAAAUUGUGUAAUUGUUUUUGUCAUUGAUCAUGAGUCAACACAUUAUAAAUACAUUGACAGUUAAAACAACGUG